AUGCGGAUCGACCAAACAAAGACCCAGUCCGUGGAAAAGACCUGGGCUGACGAAAGUCAAAUUAAUAUCGAUGGCAUACCUCAAGCAGAUCUCGUCUUACGUUUACGUCAGGCCUUCCACAAGCAUGGACAACGAUAUGAAGGAGAGAGUAGUGAAACGUUGCGCCCAUGGUGUGUUGCGGGUAAGAUAUCAACUAGAUGCUAUUGCGCAGGAGAAAACUGCUUCCGAGAUACGUGGAGCGUUUUUGUAUUUCUUCUAGAGGUUUAUCGCGAGGGAUUUUCGAAUAAAAUGAAAGGGCAAAGCAAGAAACUCGCAAAAUCGUAUGGUAAACUCAAACAGAUAGACCAAGUAACUACCGGUUCCGGGCACUCUGUAGCAUCUACACUCUAUUGUAUCCUCAGAGAAAUGAAAAAAGAAUUCAAACUAGGU